AUGGCGAAGAAAAAGGCGGCGGACGCCGCUGGUCUCACUCAGGUCGACAUGGAUCAGCGUGAACACUCCCGUAAAGUGCGGCGGGAGAUGGAUGAGUUGGAUGAGGGGCCUCAGAGCGGCGAAGCAUGUGAGGAUCACGAGGGCAGCGCGGGAGGCUCAGAGCGAGCGCAGGAGGACGACGACGACGACGAGGCAGAGGCACCCGCUCUUGAGCGUACAGGCAGGUCCAUUGCAUCUCGGGCAGUGCAGCGAACGGAAGCUCGCGCGCAAAGGGGCGAUGGCGAGGAUAUUGACAUGGACGUCGCCCCAAUUCAACCGAGAAGACGCAUGAGGCGCACUACAGACUCUGACUGCAGCAACGGUAGUCGGGAAGCCGUCGAAGAUAUUGUGAUGGACAAGAGCGAGGCCCCCCAUUCCGGGUGCAGGAAGUCCAAGGGCAACGGUCGAGCGAAGGCAGCCGCCAUUGCCGAUCACACGUCGGAAGAAGGCGAGGAGGGCGAGAACGUCGCCUCUCCCUCGAAGCGACAGAUGGCCCGUGCACAGGCUGCGGCGGCAGAGGCUGACAAGGCUGUUGCUGACCAGGAUGAGAUCCCUGCUCCCAAACGGAAGGCGCAACGUGCUCGAACCCCGCUAGAAAGCGACGAUGGAUAUGAGGACGGUGGGGCAGAGAGCGAGGAUGGCGGUGCAGGUGAAGAGCCCCCGGCUGCGAUACGGAAGAAGACGACCGAGAAUGCCGCAGCCAUGGUCGCCCCAGCACGAGCUGCCGCAUCUGCUCGUGCUGAGACGAGGCCCCAACUUGCAGAUGCACGCUCCCUCGGCACGGAGCAGGUCUCUGUCGCUACUCCUGCCCUCGAGCACGACGGCAACGCAUCCGACAACGGCAGCCAGGAUCCUCAGGCUACUUCGUCUGCCAUCCGCACACUACCGGCGUGGAUUCAGCCCCACAUCACCCUCAUCGUCAAGAAGUUCAUCCGACUCAACGGCGAUCUUCCCGACCCUUGGACGACUCGGUACCCUGGCCCCACUAGCGACGUCAUGCUGGGCCCACUGCAGGUCAUCCAGCAGAUCGUGGAUGAGGUUUGCCCUAAUAACGGCCAGCCAGCCUUGACGGUGUACGACAAAAUCUUCAUCGCCAUCCGCCAGAGAGGACUCUAUGAUUGGCGCCACAAGUUCCAGGAUGUCGCCAAUCAGGCCUUCGACGCCGAGGACGCCAAACGGCAGCUGAAUACCGAGCCUGGGAGGGCAGUUCUCUCUACCCAGGAAUGGGCUGCGGCCGCCAUUUCCCGUGGUGGGGCGGCGUUGUAUCGCUACCCCAACGCCGAUCCGUUGAAGGCAACCGGGUGGCUACGAACGCCCUACGUUCUCCCCGUCAUUGCCCAUCACGUCCGCUCCGUUCAGGGACUGGUCGACGACCGCGCUCAGUUUUACCCACGCGGCGCUGUGGCGCUUGCCAUCACUGCAAAGGCUGCAAAGAAGAAGGCGCGCGACUCCAAGAAGGCCACUACAAAGCAGGGUCCGUUCUCCAAGAUCCAAGCCCAGACUAGGACGACAUGGUGGAGCAGCAAGGUUGCGGACGAGAUGAUGAAUGACCCCGGGCUCGUCAAGCGGUUUGACCGUAUCGUAAAGGAGGCCCGCGCCUUCACCACACGAGAGCUCUCAGCUACACGCGGUGAGUAUGGCGACGAAGAUGAGGCAUACGUCCCCCAGCGCUGCGUAACCCCUGAGUCUGUCGACGGCGAUAAUUAG